AUUUGAAUGAAACUUGGUUGGAAAAAUACAAAGAAAUGUUUGUGUCUGUGUGGAUUGAUCGACAUCUCAAUUUUGGAAACAACAACACCAAUAGAGUAGAAAGUCAACAUGCGGUCCUAAAGAAAUAUUUGAAAUCUAAAAGAUGCACUUUGCAUGAACUUGUGGGCUGUAUUAAUCGUCUGGUUCAGUCUCAACAUACGGCGAUCAAAGCAAGCUUCGAAAAAAGCAGAAUUAUCCGUUAUCAGAAGCACAAUCUACGAUGUUUCAAACUGUUGCAUGGUUUUGUUUCCAAUGAAGCUCUCAAUAUAAUUCUUACGAAUUAUCAUCAAGUAGACCCUUCAGAUUGUGAUUGCUGACUUCGCAAUAGUUGUGGGUUACCAUGUUCUUGUGAACUUUCGAAGUAUAUAAAUUCAGGUCAAUGUAUUUCAUUGGAUUCGAUUGACAUCUUUUGGAGAAAGUUAGAUUUUUCACCGGCAACAUCUGUGGAAGAUGAUGAUGUUAGUUGUGGGAGUAUACUGGAACAUUUUAAAGAAAACUACAACAAGCAGUCCAAAGAUGGAAGAAAGAGCUGGUUAAGAAAGUUGAAGAAUAUAUUCAGUCCAAGUACAACCGACAUUCGGGAACUGCGAGUUCAAAAAAAUACCUGUGGACGACCAAAGAAAUCGCAACAAAAAAAACGUGUCGAGUUUUCCUCAACAAGAUAUAGUUUUUCAACCAUUCCCGAUUAUGUCAAUUCGAGUAAUGAGCCGGCCAGACAUAGUUGUUUCAAAUUUGACCUAAAUGAGGUCCCAACUGAUAGGUGUUUCGAAUUUGACCUAAAUGAGGUCCCAGCUGACAGCUGUUUCGAAUUUGACGAAGGCCCACCCAUGAGUGGUUCAACUUUAAUGGAUGAUAUUUCGGAAGUCUUUCAUUCAAGCCAACCAUUCUUUCAAGAUCCUUUUAUGAGCCAAAGUCAACACCAGAAUGCAUACUAUCCGGAUCCAUAUGUGUAUAUAACCGAAGCCCACAAUCCAAAUCCAUAUAUGUACCACAAUCCAGAUCCAUAUAUGUAUACACCCGAAACCCAAAAUCCAGAUCCAAAUAUGAACGAUAAAGAUUAUUUAAUUGAUCAGGGAUUCGAAGAUUUUCUUCCGUAUAUCAUACAGGUUCAGAAUGUACUAGGAGAUGGAAACUGUGGAUUUAGAGCGACGGCUAUUUGCAUUGGUCGUCAUCAAGAUGAUUGGCGUCAAAUUCGUAUGGAUUUAUUGGAUGAGUUAUUUGUGCAUAAUGCAAGAUACACUGUAAUUUUUAACAAAGAAGGCGUACAAUCACUUCAGUACAUGCUGAAUCACUUUGAAGAAGGAUUUGCAGAUCCACCAUAUUGGAUGACUAUGCCAGAGACUGGGUUACUCAUUGCUUCAAGGUAUAAUGUGGUGGUUGUUUUUUUGAGCAAAGAUGGAGAGACAACGUGCUUUCCGCUUUUUACUAGUUUACCAAGUUCACAACCACAUGAUAUUUUUGUAAUUGGACGAGUCAAUCGUAAUCAUUUCGUGAGACUGGUGUUACAAGGAGAUUUUCUGGUACCUCCUACGCAUCCACAAUGGUCUAGUCAUGCAUUUGAUCGGGCAUGGGAAAAUCCUUUUUUGGAUAGACAAAAUGUGUACAACCAGAUUAAAUUUUCUAGACGUAAUUCAGUAGGUGUGAGAACUUGUAUUAAUAUUGAUUAAGAAAAUGAUUAAAAUAUUUUAUU